UUUGGUAAGAGGCGUUGUCGCACACCAACAAGCUCUUCCAGGAUUAGCUAGUUAUAUACCCACUGCUCGUCACACAUUUUCAUACAUUGCACAUUUAGGCGCUCGGUGCUGCACACUAUCCGUCAGAGUUCCAAAUAUUUCAAGAAAUAAAGAUUAAGUAAUGGCCAACUACAUUCACGUACCAGAUGAAGCUCCUGCUGUGCCCAAAAUAGAUGUUACAGUGGACGAAAGCGACUACAGAUCCGGUGCACUGAAGCUGUUGAAGGAGCUGAGACCGAGUUGGAAGCCGUCUGAGGUCAAAGUGAAGUUUUUCACAGAUGGAAUAACCAAUAAGCUGCUGGGCUGCUACGUGGGUGCAGUCAUGCAGGAUGUGGUUCUGGUCCGUAUUUAUGGCAACAAAACAGAAUUGUUGGUUGACCGGGAAAAUGAAGUAAAAAGUUUCAGAGUACUACACGAAAACCGCUGUGCCCCACACCUAUACUGCACCUUCAACAAUGGCCUUUGUUAUGAAUUUCUGCAAGGAACUGCCCUGGAGCCUGAGCACAUUCGCAGCAAACCUGUGUUCAGUCUCAUUGCCAGGCAGCUGGCCAAAUACCAUGCAAUCCAUGCGCACAAUGGCUGGGUGCCUCAGUCUGACUUGUGGCUGAAGAUGGGAAAGUACUUUGCUCUCAUCCCAAAGUACUUUAAGGACCCUGAGCAGAACGCCAGGUUGAGAAUGGAGGUGCCGAGCCCACGGUGCCUCCGAGAAGAGCUGGUGUGGCUCCAGCAGAGCUUGUCUGUGCUGGGCUCCCCCGUAGUGCUCUGCCACAACGACCUGCUCUGCAAAAACAUAAUUUAUAAUGAGGAGGCAGGCAAUGUAAAGUUCAUUGACUACGAGUAUGCUGGGUACAAUUACCAAGCCUACGACAUUGGGAAUCAUUUCAAUGAGUUUGCUGGCCUGAAUGAGGUGGAUUAUAGUCACUACCCAGAGCGGACCUUUCAGCUGCCGUGGCUCCGCUCCUACCUUGAGGCCUAUAAGGAGCACAAAGGCCAGGGCAGUGAAGUAACUGACAGAGAGGUGGAAAUUCUUUAUGUCCAAGUCAACCAUUUUGCACUAGCAUCUCAUUUCUUCUGGGGUCUCUGGGCUCUGAUUCAGGCCAAGGUCUCAACCAUCGACUUUGACUUCUUGGGAUAUGCAGUCCUGCGCUUUAACCAGUACUUCAAGAUGAAACUGGAUGUGGCAGAGCUGAACUUACCAGAGUAAAAGCCCCCGCCCUCUUGUGUUCUUUUCCUCCUGCUCUUCCUCCCUUCCAAUCUGCUCUGAGACUCGCACGACGACUGCAGAGCGCCCUGUAGGGUUUGUUUGUAGGGAAGAGCCAGACUGAGAGUCUGUCCUGUUCAGUGCCUACAGGUUCCCUCUACAUGUCCGCAUCUCUAUAGACUGAAUGGACCACAAGCUUCUCCAUUCUCUGCUGUCACCUUUUGUUAACUGGCAGCCCAACUCAUUUGUAAUGUGGGCAUAUGUGAAGUAGAGACUUUUAAGACCUGCUAUAAUGUGAAGCCCACAUGGCUGAAUUUAUUCUGGUCAUAUUAAUUAUUCUAAUAUCAAUUAGGAUAUAAACAUGAUAUCAGCAUAUUGUAUUUAUAUAAGCAGCUUUUCUUGUAGCUCGAAUUACUUAGUUGGUAGUGGAAUGUCACCUUAUUCACCACCAACCUAUAGUAAUCGCCUACAUGAACGACCGGUGGCCCCAACACUAACCUGAUCACCUGGAGACCGCUUCCUCAUUUGUGCAUUCUAGCCAGCCAAGCUAAUGACCAAAUUUAUAUCUGCAUGAAAGCUAUACAAAGCCUGCUUUGUUUGCUAAAGAACCAAGAUGAAAGAAUAAAAAAGAAAGAAAUUCCAACAUGGAAAGGCCAGUGCUGUCCCUAAAUCCCAUGUGAGAUGAGGCAAAUCACUCAAAAACAAAACAAAA